AUAUAACUAUUAGUUACGUAUAGUAUGAUAUACAUUUAUAAGUAUAUGUAUGACGCUUAAUAGAAAGCUGUAAUUAAAAUAUCAAUGUCAAAAUUAAAAUUUAUUAUAUCAACACAAUGACAGCGAAUUAUUAUUUUGCAAUUGUCGGACAUACGGAUAAUCCUUUAUUUGAAAUUGAAUUCAAUAAUUCUGGAAAAGACACGAAGAAAGAAGAUUAUACACAUUUAAAUCAAUUUAUUGCACAUGCUGCUCUAGAUCUUGUAGAUGAACAUACUUGGAAAACAACAAAUAUGCAUUUAAAAGUUGUAGAUAAAUUUAAUCAAUGGUUUGUUAGUGCUUUUGUUACUGCAACUCAUAUACGAUUUGUUAUGGUACAUGAUAGUAAAAAUGAAGAUGGUAUAAAAAAUUUUUUUAAUGAAAUGUAUGAAAUGUAUAUAAAGUAUUCUAUGAAUCCAUUUUAUAAAUUAAACACACCUAUUAAAUCUAUUGGUUUUGAGAAAAAGGCACAAUUAUAUGGCAGAAAAUAUUUAUCAUCCUGAAUAUUUAUUAUUAUAUUUUAUAUUUAAAGUUUGUAUAAUAAUAAAUCUAACA